AUGCAGUAUGGAAACGUAGCACGGAACACCGGAGCGCAGCGCCGACCGGAGCUGCGGUACGAUGCCGGGAAAGAUGGCUUCAUUGACCUGAUGGAGCUAAAGCUGAUGAUGGAGAAGCUGGGGGCACCACAGACCCACCUGGGCCUGAAGAACAUGAUCAAGGAAGUGGACGAAGACCUGGACAACAAGCUUAGCUUUCGGGAGCUACCCCCAGCAGCUCACCAGGGCGAGUGCUUUAACUCAGCUCUAGUACUUGAAGGAAUCUUCAUCGGUUUCCUGCUGUAA